UCGCCUACGCCGAUACACGGCAUCCUGCGCGACCCGGCCAUGCUCGAGUCGCUCCUCGCCCGCGGCGGCAAGAAACCGCGCCGCGGCUCGUCCGCCUCCCAGACCCCGACCCUGCGCGAGGCACCGUCGUCCAAACACCGCCGGAAGGAGCGCGAGACGGACAGCGCGUCCAUCCUCUCCCACGUCCUCGCCGAGGAGGAGAGGCAGGCGCGCCACCUCAAGGCCGUCCUCCGCCAGACCGGCACGCGGCUCGAAGAGGCCCUCCGCCGCGCCGAAGAGGCCGAGUCGCGCGCGCGCACCGCGGAGCGCGCCUCGGCCGACCUCUCGACCAAGGUCGCCAGCGCCGACGCCGCGCGCGUGCAGGCGAGCGUGGACGCCGCGCGAACGCAGGAGGAGUGCAGGCGGUGGCAGAUGCAGGCCGACACGGCGGAGCGCGACGCCCGGCGCGCGCAAACCGACUUGGGGAGGGCGGAGCGUGCGCGGCAGGACGCGGAGGAGCAGGCGAGGGAGGCGAAGGAGUCGGCGCGCAGUGCGGAGGCCACUCUCCGGGAGUGGCAGGCGCGGCAGCAAGGGCGGGAGGAGGUGCGGCGUCUGGAGGUGCAUCGGAGGUAUACCGAUGGACGGGACGAAGGGUUCGAGGACGGACGGGCGGAGGGGUACGACGCGGGCCACCACGAUGGGUACGAGACCGGCCACCAGGAGGGGUAUGAAGCGGGCUAUGCGGAGGGGAGAAUGGCGGGCCGCGCGAGGGACCGCGAUGGCGAUCGCGACCACGACGACCGGAGACGCGGCCGCGACCUGGACGAAGCUCGCAAGGCGGCGUACGCGGAUGGCUUUGACACAGGCUUCGCGCAGGGCCGCAAGGAGGAGCGCGUGCGUGCCCUUGACGCUUUCGACCGUUUCGUCGAGAACGAGAUGGACCACGCGCGCACCCGUGCACCGACGGAGUACGAGGAUGACCGCACAAAACGGUGGGUCGAAGCUACGCGCAAGAUGCGUGAGCGCGACCUCUCUCCCGCCCGCCCGCGCUCUGAGCUGCGACCCCCUGCGCCGCCGAUGAUCCAGACCCCUCCCCCUCCACCACACCGCACAAUGCCUAUGCACAACGGCCCCUCCCCUCCGCAGCCCAUCCCCGUUCCCACCCCCGUGGCGUCGGUGUACGCGCCGCUCCCCAUCCAGAAGCAGCCAUCCCCCAUCCUCUCCCCGCAACCAGUGCACGGCGCACCGCCCCCUCCUCCGCCAGCAUCUGAGACGCCGCCAGCACAAGGCGCAGGCCCGAAGCUGGUAUGGCUGCACCGGCCACUGAACGUGAACUACCACCGUGAGCCGAUGGACGCAGGACGGCCGCUGCCGAUCCUCUCCGCGCAGCGCGCGUAG